GAGAUGUCGCAUCAAUCGACCACAAGCGUAAUGAUAAAAUGGAGUACUCAUUUAUACAUGCAAGUUUGUACACAAAAUUUUAAUUAAGUGAAAUUAAGUGCAGCCAGAGGCCGUUUUUGAUGUGAUGCGAGUGUAGAAAGGCAGACAGCCGACCGGAUGGCAUCUUCGUGGUGACGUUUUGCAGCCGGGCUGUUUCAGAAGGACUUCCACAAAGGCAGACUCGCAGAGACGACGAGUGAAAAUUAGAAUCGGCUCGGUUUUCGGGGAAGAGCAGAGCAGCAGUAGCAGCGCGGAUAGUAGAGAAACAGAGAGGCCGAGGGUGUCCAUGAGAUGCUGUGAUGCGAUGAGAAUCAACGAGGCCCCGCUAUGUGCCGCGUAAAGCGAUGGAGUCGUACGACCUAUUCGGAGAAGAUGGAGCUGGUAUGUUGGAAGGUCUGCCCGAGCUGGGCAAUGAUAACUUCGAGCCUGCGGUGACUGGAUCACGCAAUGCUAACACCUCUUUUCCACAGCAACCAACCUACUCUCAGGAGACUCCGUUACAAAAAUUGGCAUCGUUUGGAGGCACUGAAUUUAACCACAUGGAUCCAAAUACGCAGAGUAUGUACGCUCAGGGAUACGGUACUGACCGGCCCAUGGGUCCACCGGGGUCGACCUAUCCGCACCAGAGACAAAUGACCCGUCCGCCGGCCCCGCAAGGGGCUGCUGGCCAAUACCCGUAUCAGCCAGACAACAUGUAUUCGAUGCCCGACCAUCAAAUGAGUAAAACUGUAGGUAUGCAAGCGGCUGCUAGCGGCUGGGGCCAACACGCGGGUUAUCCUAUGCACAGAUACCAGCAAAUGAAUGCUGCUUACCGUCAGCAGCACAUGGGAUACCAGCAAGAGCAGAAGCAGCAAUUCCCGCCUACACAACACCCUAUGAUGCAGCAACCUCACCAAACCGCAUACCCCAUGCAGCAACGGCACACACCUACGCACUACCCGCAGGGUUCUUCGUACCCCGGAGCUGCAGGACAAGGCUACGGAGGCUACAUGCAUCAGCGAAUGCCCCAUCAUCAUCAGUAUCCACAAACACACCACCAAAUUGACAUGGGCGUAACUCAAGCCCAACAACAAUAUAAUCAUCUAACACACGGCCAAAACAUGGGUCAUGCUGUCACACCUGCUGGUCACAUGGGUCAGACGCACCCACCAGCUCAGACUUUGGUACCGCCUGGACAGCAGCAGCAGCAACAACAACAGCAGCAGCCCCAACAGCCACCUAACCAAAAUCCUAUGGUACAUCCUAACAUAAGUAACUACACACACCAACCGAAUCCCAUGCAACAAAUGCAACAGCAGCAACAACAACAGCAGCAGACGAGAACGAUGGAUGUACCACCGGCGGCAAGUCAGCAGUUUGCCGCCAAACAUUCACAAAAUCCUAUGGGCAGUGGUAGCCCUCAAUACAGGGCGCCGUUCCCACAGCUGUCGCCUCAAAUGUCUCCACGACCUCAGAUGUCACCGCGACCUCAAGCUCCACAAAUGUCUCCGAGACCUGUUAUGUCACCUGCCAAGCCAAAUCUCUCACCUCAUCCGCAGAUGCAAACAACGUUGAGUCCUCGACCUGCGACAAGUCUUACACCAAAAUCAACGACGUCGACACCGCCAGUACCCACUUACUCUCAACAAAGUACUCUGCAAGCUCUAGAACAGAUGGUGAUGCCGCCGUCGAGCACGAAUGCAACGGAAUAUCCUUAUCAGAGGAACACAUUAGGACCACAGAACCCAGUAUCUCCAGCCAUGACAGUGCGGAAUCCAAUGGAACAAUGGGUACAAGCGUCGCGGCAACCGCCGCCUCCGUCACAACAGCCUCAACCACCACCUCAAACUCAACAACACGUACCUAGUAUAAAUGGCAUGAAUAUGAUGGACCAAAAUCCAAUGCCUAGCAAUAAUCAAUCAAUGCCACCUACUCAACAAUCUCUUCCACCGACCCCAAACAUACCGAGCAGUAUACAGAAUACUCAGAUGAACGUUUUCAACGAUGAACUGCGAACGGAGUUAGUAAAACAACAACCCCAGAUGCAAGAAAUGAGCAUUCCAAGGGAACCCACGCCUCUCUCAGAUAUGAGCGUUCAGAGUCCAACAACAAGUAUGCCAGACAAAUUGCCCAGCAGUACGACUAAUACAGAAGUCAGUGCGCCUACCAGUAUGUCGCUGUCGACAUCUCACCCAGCGACUCCAACACCUUCAAGUACCACAGACGAUCACGCAAAUAGUACGAACCAAGAAAUCAGUCUUCCUUCAGAAACUAAAUCCAGUGAUGAUUCGAUAUUACCUCAAUCCACUCAGAAUCAAACGAACUUCACGGAUUUCAAUAGUGUGACCAGCAUGUCGAUGUAUCAGUCACCUCCUGUUGUUCAGAAGGCAAAGCAGAUGGACGAUUUGAUGCCUUCGAUUGUUUCCGGAUUCAAUCAAGAUGUGAGCAUACCGCAGGAACAGCAAAUUUCAGAAAGCUGUAGAAGCCCGACUCCUCCAAUGAGCCAAUGCUUGCCACAACAACCGCAACCACCUCUGAUCAUGGAACAAACGUCGCCUCCGCUUAAUACCAGUCCACAAUUGCCACCUAUUCUGCAACCACAAUUGAGCACUGAAAUAACGCCUCCUGUUAUGCAGCAACAGCCACUGCUGCAGCAGCAACUUCCACCACCGCAGCCGCAACAACAGCAGCAGCAAUCCAUUCCUGUGAUCCCGCAAAUGCAGCCACAACAACUACCAAUGAUACCAGCACAACAGAAUCAACAGAUUAAUCAGUUGCCAACGGGUCAACAGAUGCAGCCAAACCAGCAAUUGCCACCUACUGUAAAUCCACAAAUGCAGUCAAACAUACAAAUUCCACCAACCCAGAUCAAUCCAAGUCAAGUAAUGACGCAACCAUCGCAAGUUCCAACACAAACGCCGAAUCAGCAACUAGCGGCAAAUCCGGUGAUGCCCACUCAAAUGCAAAAUACAAAUAUUCUGCAAAACACCCAACUAUAUGAUCAGACAGCUUUAAUGGGUCAAACUGCUAUGCCAAUGGCGCCUAGACCAAUGCAGCAUGGUAUGCCGAUGGGACAUCACUUGGGAAUUAGUGGACCUGGAAUUAUUCCCGGUCACAUUAUGAAUGAUAAUAUGGGAUAUCAACCUCCAAUCAGUCAUCACCAAGAACGUGCCGCUCUACAGCAACAACUACAGGAAUUGUAUUGCAUGCCACCCGCACCCGAACACCAAGAAAAGAUACUUCACCUACAAGAGCGAUUAAAUAUAUUAACUCAACAUGAACAAACAGAGCAAUGCAAUGGAGGUCCUCAAUGUGUUUUGCAAUCGCCUAUGUUUACCUCUCCGAUGAUUGACAGUCCUCAAGUAUCGAGCACAACUGGACGAGGACGGGGUAAAGGUGGCGCACGUGCGAAAAAACCUAGAGGAAAAAAAGGAGAGAAAUGUGUAUCACCUGUUUCUAUGCCAAACAUAACUCCAAUGGCUCCAUUGGGAUCCACUCCACAACAACUUCCUGUAUCUGAAGAUUGUGUAACACCUGGAGCAGGUCUGAACAUUGCUUCUGGCGAUUUGUCGGAUAUAGCAGAUCUUGGAUCGGACCCAUUCGGAGGUGAUUUUGACGUGGAGAAGGGUAAGAAACGUGGACCACGUAAACAACGUGAACCUAAGAAACCCAAAGAACCUAAAACUCCUAAAGAACCCAAGACACCAAAAACUCCCAAAGAAAAAAAGAAAAAGGAACCUAAAGAUUUAAAGGAACCUCGAAUUAAACGAAAAUAUGUUAGACGGAAAAAACUGGAAGCAUCUUUAGACGAUAGCAUAACAGACGAAUCUUUUAAUAAAAGCUUUGAAAAUGGCGACGACAUGAGCAACACCGAACACGCCGAGAGUUUAGAUAGAGAUAGUGAUUCUAAACCACCUUCCGAUACAGAAGUCGUAGAAAAAGCUGAAGCCGAAUCUACGAAACCCGCCGAAGAAGAUGAUGAAGCACAGGUUGACUCUCAAACUCCGGCUGAUGACGUGCAGGAUAAUUCAGAAGCUGAAAAGAAAGAUGAAUAUGCUUUUGAAGAUGCACCAAGUCCGAAGGAAAUAAGCGAGAUGCCAAAAAGAAAUCCAAGACGCACGAGACCUUCUGGAGGUAGGAAAGUUGUCUCAUCUAAGGCGCGAAAUAGAGGAGGCGGUGGAAAGGGUAAAAAGCGCAAGAGCUUGGUUCAGGAGUCCGAUGGCGAAGGAGAAGAUAUGGCUGCGACUCCACCGCCAUCUCCCCCAGAAGACGAUGGAACAACGAAAAGAAGAUCGGCAAGAAAUACGCAGCGUAAAAAGUACAUUGAUGAUGUUAUGCUCAGAUUUUCGGAUGACGAUGCACCUGCUCCUACAAAUAAAAAUAAAAAAUCAAAUUCUUCGUCUUCUCAGUUAAACGUUUUACAAGAGGCAGAUGAAAGUGUUGCAAUUCCCGAAGUUGGAAAUAAACCAAACUUUGUUUAUGUCAAUACAACUGAGGAAGAUUCAAUGGUUGUGCAACAUAUUUUAAUAACAAGAACAGGAAAGAGACCCAAGAAGGUAGAAGAGCCACCCGCGCCAAUGCCACCACCACCACCUCCACCAAAAGAAGAUGAACCUGUAGAAAGUGAUGCCACUGAAACAAAGCCGGAAGAAGAUGAGGAAAAGAAAGAGAAGGUUGAAACGGAAGAAGAAAAGGUUGAAGAGGAAGUUAAAGAAAAGGAAGAAACGGAGGAGACAGAGAAGGAAGCAGUUGUAGAACCAGAGGAGAAGGAUGUAGAAGAAGAAAAAACUGAAGAAGAGCCCAUAGUGGAAGAAACAAAGGAAGAAGAAAUCAAGGAGACCAAGGAUGAAAGUGAAAGUGAAGAGCAAGAAGAUGAAGAGAAAAAAACUGAUACCGAGGAAGCUAAGGAAGUGGAAAUGAUUGAAGUAGAAGAGUAUUAUGUGAAAUAUCGGAAUUUUUCCUAUCUUCACUGUGAAUGGAAAACUGAGGAAGAGCUUUAUAAAGGAGACAAGAGAAUUUCCAACAAGAUCAAACGUUAUCGUCAAAAGCAGGCUCAACAAACAAACAUUUUUGAGAAUCCCGAAGAUGAACCAUUUAAUCCUGAUUAUGUGGAAGUUGAUCGCGUUUUGGAUGCUGCGGUGCAUACUGACCCAACUACCAAAGAAACUGUUAAACAUUAUCUUGUAAAGUGGCGGUCACUCCAAUAUGAAGACAGCACUUGGGAACUCGAGGAAGAUGUUGAUCCAUUGAAAAUUAAAUUGUACGAAAAGUUUUCUGCAGUUCCAACUAAAGAUAAAUGGAAACUUAAGAAGCGUCCGAACCCAGAUGGAUGGGUAAAAUUAGAUAAGUCCCCUAUUUACAAAGCGGGCAAUAGUUUGAGAGAAUAUCAAUUGGAGGGUUUGAAUUGGUUGUUGUUUUCUUGGUACAAUAGCAGAAAUUGUAUAUUGGCAGAUGAAAUGGGUUUAGGUAAAACCAUUCAGAGUUUAACAUUUUUGAACGCCGUCCAUCAACAUGGCAUCCGAGGACCAUUUUUGGUUAUUGCUCCACUAUCGACAAUUCCCAACUGGCAAAGAGAAAUUGAAGGUUGGACUGAUCUAAAUGUAGUAGUUUACCAUGGAUCAUCUGCCAGCAGGAAUAUGCUGCAAGAAUAUGAAAUGUAUUAUAAAAAUGAUAGAGGAAAUACCAUUAAGGAUAUAACUAAAUUCAACAUAUUGAUUACAACAUUUGAAAUAAUAGUGACUGACUUUGCCGAUUUGAAGGGUUUUAAUUGGAGGAUAUGUGUCAUCGACGAAGCUCAUCGAUUGAAGAACAGAAAUUGUAAACUUUUAGAAGGUUUGCGGCAGUUAACUCUUGAGCACAGAGUAUUAUUGUCUGGAACGCCGUUACAAAAUAACGUUAAUGAAUUGUUCUCCUUGUUGAACUUCUUGGAGCCUCAACAGUUCCCAAGCAAUGAAUUGUUUUUGCAGGAAUUUGGAGCAUUGAAGUCCGAAACUGAAGUACAAAAAUUGCAAGUUAUUUUGAAACCUAUGAUGCUGAGACGAUUGAAAGAAGAUGUAGAGAAAUCUCUAGCACCUAAAGAAGAGACUGUAGUGGAAGUGGAGUUGACGAAUAUUCAAAAGAAGUAUUACAGAGGUAUUUUGGAAAGGAAUUUCAGUUUCUUGUCAAAAGGAACAACGCAUGCUAAUAUACCGAAUCUAAUGAAUACCAUGAUGGAAUUGAGGAAAUGUUGCAUCCAUCCGUAUUUAUUGAAUGGUGCAGAAGACCAAAUUCAAUACGAUUUUAAACAAAGUCACGGAGACGACCCAGAUUCCUACUACAAAUCGUUAAUUAACUCCAGCGGUAAAAUGGUGCUGAUUGACAAGUUAUUAGCAAAAUUGAAAGCAAACGGACACAGAGUGCUGAUAUUUUCCCAAAUGGUUCGGUGUCUGGACAUUUUAGAGGAUUAUUUAAUGUAUAGAAAAUAUCCGUAUGAAAGGAUCGAUGGCAGAAUUAGAGGUAACAUGCGGCAAGCGGCUAUUGAUCGCUACUCACGGCCAGACUCUGACCGUUUUGUCUUUCUGCUCUGCACGAAAGCCGGAGGAUUGGGUAUUAAUUUAACUGCUGCAGAUACUGUGAUCAUUUAUGACAGUGAUUGGAAUCCGCAAAACGAUUUGCAAGCGCAGGCACGUUGCCAUCGUAUUGGUCAACAGAAAAUGGUCAAAAUAUAUCGUCUACUCUGCCGCAAUACAUACGAACGCGAAAUGUUCGACAAAGCAUCACUUAAAUUAGGAUUGGAUAAAGCUAUUUUGCAAAGCAUGAAUACUUCUCAGGGUGGCAAAGAGUCCGGCAGCAAGCAAUUGAGUAAGAAGGAAAUCGAAGAUCUAUUAAAGAAGGGAGCGUACGGUGCUUUGCUGGACGACGAGAACGACGGUGACAAAUUCUGCGAAGAAGACAUCGACGUUAUUCUUGCCAGACGCACCCAAGUUAUAACGAUGGAAUCGGAGAAGGGAUCUACCUUCUCCAAAGCGACUUUUGCAGCUAGCUCUAAUCGUUCGGACAUCAAUAUCGAUGAUCCUGACUUUUGGAAUAAGUGGGCAAAGAAAGCCGAUAUCGAUACAACUGAAAAAGACGAAACCGAAGAUUUAGUAAUAUCUGAGCCCCGUAGACGUACACAAAUCAAGCGUUACGGUCACGACGAAAGCGCAAUUGACAUGUCUGAAUUGGAGUCAUCAUCAGAUAGCGAUCCUGAUGGAGAGGGCCUAUCGUUGGGCAUGCGGAGCAGAAGAAGGAAAGAUAAACACAAGAAGAGGUUGAGGGGAGAUGAUUACAUUCCUGGUGAGAGAGGAGAAAUAGUGUACGGCAGUUGGGCGCGAAGAGAAUGCUUCAUGGUAGAACGAGGAUUGCUGACCUUUGGAUGGGGAAGGUGGCAAGAGAUUCUACAACAUUCGCAACUUCGAAAAGGCUGGAGAGAACAGGAUGUCGAGGACUGCGCUAGAGUUAUUUUGUUGUAUUGUUUGCGAUUCUACCGCGGCGAUGAGAAAAUCCGAGCAUUCAUAUGGGACUUGAUAUCGCCGAACGAGAACGGCGAACAGAAAAUCAGUAAAAACCAUCACGGGCUUAAAGAUCCAGUUCCAAGGGGCAUCAGAAGCAAAGCCAAAGGCAAGAAAGGCGCUGUCGCUGCAGCGACGGCGGCGGCAGGAUCUGCUGGUGUCGGUACAAGUACAAAAGAAGCCAGACAUGCAGCACUCACGGAUCCCAAUCAUUGGAGCAAAAGUGAAAAGUACGAUGGUGAUAUCUUCCUGGAAAGCAACUACAAGAAGCACUUGGGUAGACAUGCGAACAAGGUUUUGCUUCGUGUUCGUAUGCUGUAUUAUAUUAAACACGAAAUUAUUGGCGAUUUAGUACAACACAUCACUGAUGGUGUCAACGCUAGUGAUGAACUGGACGACGACUCCAACGAAGAUCAGAUCACGAAGAAGUCUGAUGUGAACUCGGACAUUGCCGAGCCGUCCCCUGGGCCUUCCGGAUCUUCGGAGACUCAGCCUUCCGCAGAAAUCGAGGAGACGGAAGAGGAGAAGAAUAUUUGGCCCAGCGUGACUGAUCUCAACACUCGGCUCAGGCGGGUCAUCACUUCCUAUCAGCGUAACUAUAGAAAGGAAGACACGACUACAACCACCACCAAGGUUUCCGCAAAACCAACAAAGUUUACUUGCACUCUGCAGCAGUCCAUUGAGUCAGCCAUGACAAAUCCGUUGGCCGCCCUGGCACAGGUCUCCCAGCAAAUGGAUGGACGCGAUCUAUCCGCCCUUGGUUUACACAACUGGGAUAUGCACCAAUUGGCACUAUACAUAUUGCAAAUGGAAAGACAAGGCAAGCAACUGGAACAGGCGAUGCGCGAUAAGGACAAACCAUCGAUUUCUAAGAAAUGGACCAGACGCGAGGAAACGGACUUCUUCCGUGUCAUUUCUUCAUACGGAGUGAUCUACAAUAGAAAGAAGAAGGCCUUCGACUGGAUUCGCUUCAAGCAGCUUGCUAAGCUUGAGAAGAAAACAGAUGACGAGCUGAACGAGUAUUACAAAAGUUUUGUCAUUAUGUGCAAGAAACAAACUGGAUCUAAGGAACCGGAUGAACAUUACGAUACUAGUAUCGAGCACAUCACUGAGGAAAAGGCAAGACGAACUCUGGAAAGGUUGGAUUUGCUGUCCAGGAUCAGAGAAGAGGUUUUGACUCAUGUUAAAUUAGACGAACGACUGAAAGUUUGCAUCACAUCCGCUGAUAUGCCAGAUUGGUGGGUCGCUGGUAAACACGACAAAGACUUAUUACUCGGUGUGGCGAAGCAUGGCUUAGGACGUACAGAUUAUUACAUUCUGAACGACCCGGAUCUCUGUUUCCAAGAGAUCUUACGCAAAAAGGUUACCUCAGAUGUUGAAAAAGUGAAUGAUUUGAAGGAAUCCAUGAAAAUAGAACCGCGCGACGAUUUAUUGAAGUUUGAUAAGAAUGAAAUUGUCGUUAAGUUGGAGAAGGGAGAAGGUACAUUGAAAAUUGAAAAGGUUGCUGCGAAAAAAGAGGGCGAAGAAAAGGUGGAAACUGUCAAAGACGAAGACUACAAAGUUCAAAUGACGUUAGUUAAAUCCGAAGAACCAGAAGCUGAAUCGCAGCCUCCAAGAUCUAAGACACCUCAACCUGAAGUUAAGGAAGAGGAGCAGGUGAAAGAAAGCGAGGAAGUAAAAACCGAAGCCAAUGCAGAAGCCGAUGAAAAGAUGGAGGUUGAUAGUGAAGAUAAAAAGGAUGAACCGAAACCGGAUUCAGUAGAUGAGGAUAAAAAGGAUGAGACAGAGAAGGAGGUGGAAGAAGAAAAGCCUGAGGAGGAACCUGAAAAAGAAAAAUUGGUAGAGGACAAGAAGGAAGAAGAACCAGUCGAAGUUGAAAAAGAAACAGAAAAGGUAGAUAAGGAAGAGGAAGUGAAAGAAGUUAAAGAGGAGGUUGAGAAUAAGAAGGAAGAGAAUGUCGUUGAAGUAGACGAAGUAGAAAAGAAGGACAAAUCUGACGAUGAAGUUAUCCCUGAAGUUAAAGAAGUACCUAAGGAAACUGUUAAACCCGCUGAGCCAAUCAAGGAGAAGGAAACUGAAUCUGAUUUAUGCUCAAAGCAAGCGGCAGAAUUAAAAGCAAUGUUCCCAGACCUCGAAGUUAUCCAACCACUGUCCAGGUUGUCGCAAAUUGACACUUUUGUCCUCAGAGAUAAGCAGGGUUCAGGUGCUUUAGACUUUAGCGAAACCACUGUGGCGCAGCUCUUCAAUAACGCGGUGAAAUGGCCAAAGGAGUACGCGAUUCAGGUUAGAUUACAGCAUAUUAUAUAUGCUAUCGAAACCAAGGAGUGGCCCGUGGGAAAGAACUUUUCGGCUUAUGCCAGUGGUAUAGGCAAUGAAUACGACAUUGCCAUUCACGAACUUCCAAACGAUCCACCAAAACGUGACAGUUCAACACCAAAAUCGGUGGGAGAUUCAGAAAUUAUUACCAUUACUACAGAUAGUAGUCUGAAUAGAGGAGGAGCCAAUAAGAAAAGAAAACGGCACAUUGCUAUAGACGUAGAAACCGAAAGGGCGAAGCUGCACGCUCUCUUGAAUCACGGCGUUCCAAAUCCUCUAACAAAGCAUGGAUCUUGGGAUGAGGAUUCCGAAGAUUCCCGUAGAUCAACGCCUGUUAAUCAGAGUAUGUUACAACCACCGCCAGCUCACCAACAUGCAUCUAAAGUCAACACAAUGCCAUACGAUUUAAAAUAUAAUCCACCACUAUCCAAAACAACUAUUGGACAAACAACGGUCAUACCGGGUACAAGUUCCACUCUUACACCAAUCGAUUUAAGCUCAGGGUUACCUAAAAUGAAUACUCUAGAAAUACCAAAGGUCGGUAUGGAUAUUCAAAAUGAAGUUCAAGACUUUUCGAUGCCUUCAAAGAAACAGGCUAACAAAGGUGGCAACAAAUUGGAUGAUACAUUAUCUAAGCUAAUGAAGAGGAAAAAUUGCCCUGAACCAGAACCGGUAGUUGGCAAGGAGAAAAAGCGGAGAAAACUUGACGAAAUCGUUCUGGGAUUAUCGGCCGCCAAGGAACAAUCCCUGUUCACUGAUACUACGAAGAAACCAACGGUUACACCCAGUGUGACAGUAACACCCACAUCUGCACCAAUCAGUAGUUCCCAUAACCAAUCCCAGAAGCCAUUCUCGAUAACUGUAACUUCUGUACCAUCCAGCGGCCAAAGUACUUCUCGCGGAAACGGAGGUGGCAACAGCAAUAAUGCAUUACAGAAUAUGAUGCCAGCGCUAUCAAGCAAAGAUUCUUAUAGCACUUUCCUGGCGCAGGCUGAGCAGCAGAACAUGAUUUUGAAAAAGCAGCAGCAACAAAGAAAGAAUUACGAAGCGAUGAUCGCAGAUAUAAGUAAGGUGGCAGAUUUCAGUUCGAAAGUGAAUUCAUAUUCACACGAAGCGAAAGUGAAUAAGUGGUUGGCGGAGCAGAAUCCUGCUCUCGCUGAGCAACCCCUUGGUGCGGAUUAUUUGGCGCCGCGGCGCCGACGACCCCGCGUAGAUCCAUCCCUGCUAGACUGGAAGAAACUGACUGGGGAUGAGAACGUUUCCGUAAUCAAUAGAGUCACAAAUCCCAAGUGGGCCGAGCUCGUCAAGGAGCGAGGCAACUUAACACAGGAUCUGCACAAGCGGCUGCCUGGCAAUAAGAAAUCUACGACGCCGGGCAGGCCGCCGGUACUAUCGAGUCCUACAGGCUCCACCUCGAGCGUCAGCUCUGCAAAUCUGGCCACCUCGAUGGCUUCCAGCCUCUCGUUCCCCUCUCUAGCUGGAACUAAUCUCAGCGGCAUCAACUCUAACCUUCUUUCAGGCUUAUCAGGUUUGGGUCAGUUUGAUCCCAAGAACUCGCUGCUGAUGCCCUUCGCCGGUAUGCCCAACAUGAAUGCGCUCAGCUCUAUGGGCGGUCUCGGCAACCUCGCCAACAUGAACCUCUUCAAUUUCCUGGGUGGAAUACCGGGAUUGGCUGGCAUGGACGCCCUCGCCGCCGCCGAAUCGACGAAAACCACCAAAUCUUCUAGUACCUCAAAAUCGAAACCGGCCGAAGCGCACAGCUCAACGAAAACCUCAACAUCGUCUUCGGCAUCUAACAUCCCUUCGACAAAUGCAUUCCCAUUCUUCUUCCCUAAUCCAGGACUGCUGUACACUCCGCUAAAUCUCAAUCCGUUUUCGUUGCAACCGGGAAUGUCCUACGAUUCGCUGGCGCAACAGUGUGGUUUGCUGAACGGCCUGAAUCCGGCCGCCUCGCCGACUUCAUCAUCUUCCAAAUCGAAAACAUCGAGAGCUCAAACCACGACAACACCUGCAACGGCAACGCAAAGCUCGACCGGCACCAAAGGCAGCAAACAUCGCGAGUCUCAAAUGCAGCAAUUACUGUUACCGCCAGACACGUUAGAAUCGAUGGUCAAGCAAAGUAGCAGAGAAAAGAAGGACGACAAACGAAACAGUUUAAGGGGUAUGUUACCACCCGAGUUCUUGAAUCCCAAAGAUACCAAAAAGCUGCCACCCGGUUUAGCAGACUUCACCAAACUAUUGGAACAGGCAAAUCCGAGCAAAAAGUCCCAAGAACAGCAAAUGAAGGAAGCUUUGGAGCAUCUGAGCAAAACGAACGCGGAAUUCAUCGCCAGGGCGAUGACAGAGGAACCGAAAUCGAUGAAGAGGCCCAGGGAAAUCACGCCUGAACCUGAAAACCUGGCUUCUCACGUUCACGAUGUUGAACAACACCAUCAACACCACCAGCAGCAGCAGCAACAUCAACACCACGACGAGCAUCCAGCUAAGAAGCCCAAAGAAGAUCAUCCGGUCCCACAGCCUCCGGCAGUUCCGGUCCCGAUCGACAUCGAGGCACUACUUCCCCCGUCGACGGUGGUCAAGGCAUCAGAGGAUGAAUCGGAGCAGCUGGAGCCGUUAAAUCUGAACGAAUCGAGCGGAACGGACAUAGUGGAAACCGAGGAAACGACGACGCCCAAGAAAAGUGCUAAAAGGACGCGUGGUAAACGCAAAUCUGGUGAGCUUCCCAUCGACCCGGAGAGCAUAAGAGAAAAGAAGAAUCUUCGUUCGAGCGCCAGCAGAUCAGCGGCCGCAGCACAAGCAAGGGCCGAACGCGAGAAGAUUCUGGAAGAAGAGGCGGCGGCGGCAGCAGCAGCAGCCGCAGCCGCGGCCGCAUCCCAAAAGUCCCAAAAAGAAGAAAGUUAAUUCAGCAUAAAAGAAAACAAAAUAUUUAAAUUAUUCAAAUGCAGU